AUGUAUUCUGAAGAAAUACCUACCGCCUUCAAUUUGGAAUCUGCGUUAUUGUCCAGUUUGAAAGAACUGUACGAAAAACAACUUGCGUAUGAUGUUACCAUAACGGUUGGUGAAGGACCGAUAACACAAGAAUUUAAAGCUCACAAAUGCAUCCUCUGCGUUCGAUCGCCUUACUUUUACAAACAUUUUUUGGAAAAUAAAGAAUAUCCUGCGGAAGAGGGUUUGGCUUUAUAUAACAGUGAUGAAGCUGGAACGUUCUUUAAGGAAAUGUCGCCUUUAGUGUUUGCUAUUAUGCUCGAGUAUAUUUACACAGGCAUGUUACAAUUGGAUAGAAUGUCCGAAUCUAUCGAUGAGUACCUACAACUUGUGUCUGCAAUUGAUCUUCUAGAGUUGCAAAAACCGAGUGAAAUUGUACAAGAUUUGAUACAUGCAAAAUUUUUAAAGGCGAUGGAGACUACAGCAGUAACAAUCAAAUCAUUUUGUGAAAAACAUCCACGCCUGCAAGUACUCAACAACCUAAUUAAUGCAAUAUUUGAAGAAAAGCCCGAGUCUGUCCUUGAUUCUUCUGAUUUUACUUCAUUGGACAAAGAAAGUCUGAUUGAUAUUCUGAAACGACCUGAUCUUAACCUUCAAGAGAUUGUAAUCUGGGAUAAAAUUAUAGAAUGGGCUAUUGCACAAGAUCCAGAGCUCCCAGAAAACAUCAAGGAGUACAAACCUUCAGAAAAGGAUGCUCUUAAGGACAGGCUUAAAGAUCUUUGGCCACUUAUCAAGUUUGUUUAUAUAUCAGCACCUGAUUUUCAUAAAAAAAUACAUCCGUAUAAAUGUAUCUUCCCAGAGGACUUCUAUGAAGAUCUUCUAGAGCAUUACUUUGAUCCAAGUAACUCUAGGAUAUCAGCUCCACGACAAUAUGUGCCAUUUGAAGCUAAUUUACUCUUGCGGAAACAUUGCAAGUCUAUUGAAACAUGGAUUCAAGAAAGAACAGCAAGUGAAAGUUUAACCAAAAAAUCAUAUCUCUUUAAACGGAUUUUUUGUGGAUCCAUAGACGGGCUUGACAAAUCUACUUUUUCAGAGAAAUGUGUCAAUAAGGGACCAACAGUAUUUGUAGUCUCAACCAAUGGUACAGGUAGAAUAUUGGGUGGUUAUAAUCCAUUUGGUUGGGAGAAAUCCAGCAAAUGGUUUGAGACCAAGGAUAGUUUCAUUUUUCUGAUGAGGAGUUCGAUUCUGAAAACGGAAGAUGGGGUACCAUUAUUGACUUAUCAAACUGUUUUGAGUUCAGUGAAGAAUUCCAGUCAUGCUAUAUAUAAUCAAGUUGACGGUGAAGAAAAGUGUCAUUUUAGUUUUGGAGGGGAUUUGGAGGUUUAUAUUUCUUCAACUGGUCACCAGUAUGUUUACAAGCAUGGAGCUUAUAGCCAGAGGUUAUUAGAAGAUUGUGUUUGUAAUAUAGAUGAAAUUGAGGUUUUUCAAGUGAUUGUCGGAGAAGAUUAG